UAUAUUUAACAACUUUAUUGCUGGAACAUGAAUGCUUGAUUUUUAUCAUUGUCCAGUUACAGUCUCGUUAACAUUAACACAGAAAGGUUUGUUGUGGCUGUAGUGCUUAUUCCUUUGACUAAAUCAGAAAAAUAAUAUAGUUUUCAUUAGACGUUAAGUGAGCCUUUUAAAGCGUGCAUGGCAGGUAGCGUUUAGGUAAUGGUAUAGUAAGGAGAUGAGCCACAUAUGUGCCAUGCAUGUUACGUCUUGGUAAUUAUGUUAUCUUUUAUGUGCUGUUUCAUAUGCAUCGUCUGAUAUUGACAGUUGAUGGGAAUACCUCUGUCUGAGCCGGAUGCUCAAAAUACCUGGCGACUGUGCGUAAACUGUGCGUAAAACUGUUGGAAACGUUCCUCUAUUCACCUAAGAUAGGUUACAUGGGUACAAAAAGAGUCAGACUUGUCAGAAGAAGAAAAAACUGGCUAAUAUUAAAACGAAUCCUGACUAGUGGAAUUAGUUGCCUCCACAACCUCUGUGCAAUAGACAUUGUGCAAUAUGGGGCAUUUUGGCAGAGCAGGCGUAUCAUCUACGCAUAAUUCAUACAUGUGUAUUAACAGUUCUGUCGACUAGAACAAUGCUGCAUGUGCCUCACCUCCCACAUGUCAUAGAUAAAUAAUAGUGAACCUCUUCAUACAACGGCAUGUUGAGUUGCGCGCCGUCUUACGAAAUCAGUGUCUAUCUGAAAAGGGGAGUGUGUGUGUGUAUGUGUGUGUGUGUCACUCACGGGAGCGCAUGGUGAUGCUGUGGGUGCACCUGUCACUCUCCGAGUUAUCAACAGGAGGCGUAUUCCGUCACGUAUUCGCUCGAGUGCCAUCCUAGUAGCGGCGGUACUGUAUUGCACGCGGCCGUCCAGACACGCCUCGCAUGUAGUUGCGAUGAAACAGGAAGCCAACGAGGAAGGGUUGCAGGCUGUCAGUCGUUAAAUGCAGCAAAUGCUUCUUGACAUUUUUCGAGUACAGGUACCUUUUGGCGUCCAACCCUGUCCUCAUUCCCUGGGCUCACCGGCUGCUCCCUCGCCAGGUUUUCUCUUCUGGGUUGUUUAGAACGAGGCGCACGGCUGUCUAUUCUUGGCAUCUUUCCGAAUGGUCACGGUUUUCCUAAAGUAAACGGUAAUAGAAAUCAGAUGACCUCGUUUUACGACGACAAAGUUCAUGCGCUCGAGUUGGCCGAAGAGCUCAGUCAAGUGAACUGCCAAGAUGACUUGGAGUUUGCCUACCUGUUUGAGUACGAGCCUCCCAGCAGCGAUGACUUCUCUACGGAGAAGAGAGAUGAGCCAGACCUCUCUCCACACAAAGGCCUCAGCCCCCCAGGCACCCUCCCAUACACCCUGGACGACACCCCCGGCUUCGGCCUCAAGUCCUGCAGCCCGGCCUACAGCCACGAGUCGCACCCCGAGGGCCAGCCCGACUACGACUUCGAGGGGAAAGGUGGCGGUGGCUACCUGUUUGGCAGCGGUAGCGUUCACCAGGUGGGGCGUCCGCUGUCCGGAGCUCCGGCCCUGAGUCCCCGCAUCGAGAUCACCCCGUCCCGCGAGCACUACAACACCCACGGGGGGCGCAGCGGUGGCGACGGCUCUCUCCAGGGCCAGCUGCUCAACACCAGCCCCCGGCAGGCGCUGACGGUGCCCGGCCAGGACAGCUUGGCCUACCGCGAGCCCGCCUGCCUCAGCCCGGCCUCCAGCAACUCCUCCACCAGCUGGCACUCGGAGAGCUACUCCCCCUGGGCCUCCCCCUGCGUGUCCCCCAGCAACGGGCAGGGUGCCGCCGACCUGUGCCCGCGCUUCCAGGGCAUCCAGACCAGCGGCGGGUCGCCGCGCGCCUCCCCGGGCACCUCGCCCCGCACCAGCCUGACGGAGGACUGCGCCGGUGGUGGCCCGCGCUCGCCUUCCCCGCGCGCCGGCUCACGCUCCACCUCCCCGCAGGGGAAGCGCACCUAUCACAUGUACCGGAACCCGGGCCUCAUCGCUGGGCCGCGCUCCCGCAGCCCGUCCCCUCACGGCGGCCAUCAUCAUGACAACCACCACUCCGGUGGCGGUGGCGGAGGUGCUGGGUUCCACUACGGGUCAGAGGUCAUCAACGGCUUCAGCGUGCCCACGCAGCCCAGCUCCGUGCCCACCAAGAUCAUCCGCACCGUCAGCAGCCAGGGCUACCCCGUCUACCAGGAGAGCCCCACCGACGGCUACGUGUUGCCGUGCCAACAGGACCUCAAGACCAAGCCCGAGCCCUUCUACGUCAUCCCUCCCCCCAUCUGGACCAAGCAGCUGCCCUCCAUCCCGGGCAUUUGCAGCAGCAUCCCGGUGUCAUCUCUGCCCCCUCUGGAGUGGCCCCUGCCCUGCCGCACUGACCAGUACGAGCUGCACAUCGAGGUGCAGCCCAAGCCACACCACCGCGCCCACUACGAGACGGAGGGCAGCCGCGGGGCCGUCAAGGCACCCACCGGAGGACACCCAGUAGUACAGCUGCGCGGCUACAGAGGGAAGGAGACGCUGGGCCUGCAGAUCUUCAUCGGCACGGCGGACGAGCGCAUCCUGAAGCCACACGCCUUCUACCAGGUGCACCGCAUCACGGGCAAGACCGUCACCACCUCCAGCUACGAGAAGAUCCUCCACAGCACCAAGAUCCUGGAGAUACCGCUGGAGCCCAAGAACAACAUGAAGGCAAUAAUUGACUGUGCUGGGAUCCUGAAGCUCCGCAAUGCCGAUAUCGAGCUGAGGAAAGGCGAGACGGACAUCGGCCGCAAGAACACCCGCGUGCGCCUGGUGUUCCGCGUCCACAUCCCCCAGCCCAACGGACAGCACGUCUCGCUGCAGGCGGCCUCCAAUCCCAUCGAGUGCUCAGCCCAGCGGUCGGCUCACGAGCUGCCCAUGGUGGAGAAGCAGGACCUGGAGAGCUGCAGCGUGCUGGGAGGACAGCAGAUGAUCCUCACCGGACAGAACUUCAGCUCCGACUCCAAAGUCAUCUUCACCGAGAAGACCCAUGAUGGACAGCAGAUUUGGGAAGUGGAGGCGUCCGUAGACAAGGACAAGAGCCAACCCAGCAUGCUCUUCAUCGAGGUCCCCCCGUUCCGAGACCCCUCCAUAUGCCACCCGGUCAAGGUCAACUUCUACGUCAUCAAUGGCAAGAGGAAGAGGAGCCAGCCACAGCACUUCUCCUACAUCCCCCUCCCAGUGGCGUCUAUAAAGACAGAGCCUCUGGAUGAGUACGAGCGUGCCCACAUGGCCGCCCAGUACGGCCUGCCCCAGCUGCUGGGCGUGUCUCCCCAGUACUACCACCACCCGCACCACCACCACCACCACUCCACCGCCGCCGCCGCCACCCGCUCCCUGCUGUCCGCCCCCGACCCCGCAGGCCUCGGCCUGGCCUCCUGCCAGCAGGCAGGCAGCCGUCCGGCCACCGCCCCGGCCCUGGACCCCCGCUUCCAGCAGCAGAGCCCCGCCAUCGUCUACUCGCGCGGGCUCAAGAGCGCCAGUGCCGGGCCCGCUCUCUUCCCCCACCAGCAGCAGCAGCAGCUCAGCCCGGUGUCGGUGUCAGUGUCCCCUGGGGCCAUCGCCACCUCCUCCUCCUCCCCUUCCUCCUCCUCCUCCUCCUCCAUGCUCCCGGACCCCCACCACCGCUCCGUGCUGGUUCACACGGGCUCCCCGUCUCAACAGCAGCACAGCCACCCCCACAGCCACACACACUCCUCCAUCAUCCAGUUCUCCUCCGCCAACAAUAUCCUGCGGGCCGCCGAGCCCCCCUCCAUGGGUGGCAUAUCUCCCGAGCACCAGCAUGGUCUGUUUGCGGAGCCCCCCCACCAUGGUGGCCAGGGGCAGCAGGGGCACUACCCCACGGUCAUCCAGCAGCAGCAGCAACAGCAGCAGCAGCAGCAGCAGCAGCAGCCGCCGUACUCUACCAGCCCCAAGGUGGCCAAGAGCCGGAGCCCUUCCAGCGAGGAGACCAGCCCGCACGGUGGCCUACAGCCCGCAACCGCACGGGUCACCGUCAAGGAGGAGAACUUGGACCAGGCCUACCUGGAUGAUGUGAAUGAGAUCAUCAGAAAAGACCUGACCGGUGUACAUCAUGGCAGAGGCCAGACAUAAGGCGGACAGUAACCAAGACCCCACCUUCACCACCACCAGCAGCAGCAACUCGUUCCUCUCUUCUCUCCUCCUCCUCUGUCACACACCCACAAGUGGACACCUCUGCUGAGCUAUCCAAGGUCACCUCUAUGGUAGCGCAAACCACAAGAGAGUCAACGAUUCCUCCUCCUCCUCCUUUUCUUCAACCCCACCUGAUAAGCACACUGUAGGCCCAUAUAUUUCUUGCCCAGUUCGUAGCUUGAGGAGUUCUGACGCACUUGAUUCAACUUGACUUGAUCACAUCCCCAGAUAUCGAGGUCAGUAGGUCUUAAAGAGUUCAGUCGCAAAUGUACAUAACCAGAGCCGGUUUUACCAUAAGCAGAGCAGGCUGUUGCCUAGGGCCCCACCAAAUGUGUCCAUUGUAUGGGGCCCCAACAGUCAGCCCCACCAUGAUAAAUACCAGCGAAAGUAAUUGAAAAGGGCCCCAUGUCUAUAUCUUGCCUAGGGCUCCCAGGUGGGUAGAAGCGCUGCUGUAGAUAACAGGAGAAGCAUCAGCAGGGGAAAUGUGUGUCGAGUCAUACUGAGAGAGCGUAGGGUUUGUCCCCUCACUUAGCGACAUCAGCAAUCUACCAGCAACCCAAACCUACCUUUGAUCUGGAGUGCACUGGCUGCUUAGCUCUAAUUUGAUGCCAAACGCUUUCAUCUAUGCAGGUCUGCAGUUAGCUUACAAAUCCUAUAAUACACAAUAGAAGAUCUCACAAUGUGCUUGCUAUGGUCAAUACAUCUGUCAACGACAAUGCAUACGAUAUACUUGCUAUGCUAAAAGUAGCUCCAUUCUCAGAUGUGGUGAAGGUCUCUUCAUUGUAAAAAUAAAUAAAUAACCAAAGACAUUUUUAAAGCUUAUGUUUCUACUCUUAACAUUCUUGCCCUGUUUGAAAUACUCUUUACAAAGAAUCUUUUUAAGUGCCAUUAUAAUUCACAUUGUAAAUACAGUGCCUUGUUUUUAUGUUGUUUUUCAAAGCUAUGACAUGACGGAAAAUCUUGUUACCCGCAAAGAAAAUACAGCUAGUCUCGAAAACCAAAGAAACAAGAUUUUUCUGAGCGUAAACUGGGAAAAUAUUAUUUUCCUUGUGUGGAAAGCCGUUGAGCUAAACACACCAGAGAUAUUCUGCUUUUUAUCCUGACUUUCAGCUUUGUACACAUCUCUUGUUUCUAUGCAAACGUUUACAGUAGCAGCGUGGCUUUACUUAAGAACCUGUACUACCUGCCUCAGGCCUGCUCCUCUCUGCUUUAUAGUGUGUGUAUGCAUCCUCUUCUGAACCUCUUUAUCUGCUUGAUUCAAGAUUCCUGUCUCUUUGGUGCUUUUUCAUAACUGUAAAAUACUGUAUACUCAUCUUAUUGGAAGCGUUUGACAAGUUGCACUUGAAGACAUUUACAUAGUUUUUCUUGUUAGUCUUUUUUUUAAUCUUUGUAAAGACAUUACAAUCAUCUCAACAAAAGACUGCAAUGUUGACACAAAGGGGAAACAACUGUCCAGUGCCUAAACACACAAUGUGGUUUAGCAGAGCCAUUCUGAAUCAUAAUGUUGUCUACAUGCCUUUUACACAUAUUGCAUUUACAUACAUUAGAGCAGGGGUGGGGAACCUAUGUCUCGAGGGCCGUUUGCGGGCCUUGAGGCCGUUUUAUCCGGCCCCCGAUAUCAUUUUAGUGUUAUGCAACUUCACAUAAAAUAUGACAUAUUUUGUAAAGGAAUCUUAGAAAUCACAUUUCCAAUGCAAUUAAGUUAUAUUCGGGGGACCUAGAGAAGGUGGGGACUGUUUUAAAGGUGUCUACCUUCAAUAUAGGCUUAAAUUGCAUGGGGAAAUCCUGAUUUGUGUUCAUACGGCCAGUACGGCCCUCGGAGGACUUCUAUGACCCUUGUAGGAAUUUGAAGUGACCCCUCGAAUGAAAAAGGUUCUCCAACUCUGCAUUAGAGGCUAAACCAUAUCCGUCUGUUAAAAACAGUAUGUUGUUGACAAAUCAAACUCAAAAGCCAUGAAACUGAUGUUUCAUCUCUAUGUCUUUUCCCCAAAAAGACAAUCAAACAUUUGUUCCUAUAUCUAAUUAGGAUGUGAAAGAUGCACUCUUUGUACAGUUCCAAGUGUCUUAUCACAGUAAUAACAUUGAAUGUAAGCCAUUUGUCUUUUAGUGCCUGUUGUAAAUAUAUUUUGAACAUAAUAUGAUGUAUAAAAUGUGUCUUUUUUUAAAAUAUGUAGUUUUAAGUAGAGAAAGUGUAUUUUUUACAAACUGAAUCAGUUGUCGUCUUGGUUUUAUUGUUGUCAUGUAGCCAAAGCAUAAUAUAUGAAAUGCCAAAGAUAGAAACCAGUAGCCAUUCCUUUUAGCUCCAUGAUAUUAAUAUAAUACCUGUUUCCUUAAAAAAGGCAAAUCUAUAUUUUUGUGUCAGACAUAAUGUUUUUAUAUGUAUGAAAGCCUUGUCUUUGUAUUUCUUCUGGUAAGUUUCUGCCACCUCAUGCAGUUGUUGUUCAGACUGUGCUGUGUGCCAAGCCUCAUGUUUCUCUGCAGUUAUUAAGAAAAAAAGCAAUAAAUCAGAUAAACAUAAACUACCGGUUGUGUUACUCAU